UCACUGGAGUUUCUACCCGUAACCUUAAAAGGAGGACACUCGACUCGUCGCAAGUAGACCUGAGAUUUAUCGAUGAUUCUAGCUUUUAAUAUUAAUCACUUUUUUUUGCACGGUACAUGCUGUCUAUGACACAUUUGUUUCGCGUAAAUAGGACAAGGCGUUCAUGUUUGCAAUGACCGUGAUCCGUCCGGGAACACUGCUGCUCCUGUGUUUCUGUGCACUAUCCUGCAGAUCAGAUGAUGGAAAAAUGGUGCAGAUACCAGGAGGUAAGAUGAAAAUGGGGACGAGUGCCAGCGAUGGCAGAGAUGGGGAGUCGCCGGUGAAGGACAUUUCAGUGGCUCCUUUCAGCAUUGACAUGCACCCUGUCACUAAUCUGGACUUCAGAGAGUUUGUUCGGGAACAAAAGUAUAAAACUGAGGCUGAAACCUUUGGCUGGAGUUUCGUUUUCCAAGAUUUUGUUUCUGAGGAGCUGAAGAGUAAAGUGACCAAAAGGAUUGAGUCUGCGCCUUGGUGGCUGCCGUUAGAGAAGGUGUACUGGAGACAGCCUGCAGGCCCAAGCUCCAGUAUCAAGGAUCGCCUGGAUUCGCCUGUGGUGCAGGUGAGCUGGAACGAUGCCCAGGCCUUCUGCAAGUGGAGAGGGAAGCGGCUGCCUUCGGAGGAGGAGUGGGAGUUUGCCGCCCGGGGGGGUCUCCAAGGAAGGACCUACCCUUGGGGCAACAAGUUUCAGUUAAAUCGAACUAAUUUAUGGCAGGGCAAAUUCCCAGAGAGGGAUACUGCUGAAGACGGUUACCAUGGGAUUUCCCCUGUCACAGCCUUCCCUCCUCAGAAUAAUUAUGGUCUGUAUGACAUGAUGGGGAAUGCUUGGGAGUGGACUUCCACUCGUUUUCCCGGAUCACAGACUAUGUACGUUCUGCGGGGUGCUUCUUGGAUCGACACUGUGGAUGGAUCGGCCAAUCACAGGGCUCGGGUCACUACCAGAAUGGGGAACACGCCGGAUUCUGCCUCUGACAACCUGGGAUUCCGAUGUGUAGCCAGUGUCCAGCCUAGAAAGCAAAGAGGUGCUGAGCUAUGAGGGACCCCCAAAGAUGGAAAAGGGGAAUCAGGAAGUCUUUUUUGUACUUUCUUAACAGUAGCUGUAACGUUGACAAUAAAAAGAGCUCUAUUUUCAAGAAAAAAAA